CUGGCGAUGAGCAGUCACCUCGCGUGUUUCGUCGUCGUAGUCGUCACCACCAUCGCCGCCGGUUCUGGUGUGUCGUUCUGCCCACUGUAAUUUUUGUCAAAAAUUUAAAUCUUAAUUACUCCGGUCAGGGUACGAUCGCAACGCGAUCGAGUAGUGUUUGACGUGUGCGUGUUUUCACAUACAGGCGCGUGUGCUCGUUUUCGUGAGUGGUGAAUAUCGGCCUGCGAAGAGUACUAUCAGUCUAAGAAAAGAACGCACACACACAGUUUGUCACGGCGGGACAGUUUUUUUUUUGUUUGUCACGCCGCUGUGUUCUGGGCGAUCGCAGCAAUCGUCGGGAGAAACCAAAAUAAGCAAUGACAGGAGUAAAAUUUAAACGUGAAAAACGUCAGUUUGGCUGUGUGAUUGUGCGGGAAUCGUGGUAGCUGUUGGAUUGGGGAAAGAAACGGUUCCAAAAAAACGAAAAUUCCCCAACGAUUCUUGAGUGUUGUAAGUGGUUUCGCGAGUAGUUCUGAUUGAGGGGGGUUGAAAAGUGGUCGGUUUAAAAUGUGCACAGUUGAAGAAUGCAUUAGUGGCAUUCACGAAGCAAAAAAGGUUCGUACGGAGUGGACCGUGAGCGUAAAAGUUGUCGUGCACGAGCGCUGAGCGCAAAAGUGUGCAAGCAGGGAGGACGAUUUUUCGUCCAUUCCCCACCGGCUGACCAGUGUGCAAGUAAGAGGAGUAAGAGUCCUUCACAGUCUACUUGUGGAGAGGCGUUUUUUUAUUUCGGAGACCAAGAAUGCAGUUUUCGUUUAGGUGCUAGUAAAGAGAUGAAAUUAAGCAAAAAAAAAAAUAUCGGAAGUGAAAAACAAUCUCGAAUCGAGAAGAAAUCAAACCUAACACAAAAAUAUCUACCGAAAGGCCGGCUGCUGGUGUGAGAGAAACCGGUGGUGGGGUGCGGGGUUGCAAAACCAACCGAGUCAACCGAGGAAGUGGCAUCACGCAACCGAGCCGAGUGUGUAAGUUUUUAUUUAGCAUACAAAAAGAGUGCGAUACGAAACGGAAAAUGUGUCAAGACCUGACGCCUGGCCUAGGCCUCCCGGCAGCUGCUGCUGCUGCUGGUUUUGUCGUCGUUUUUUCCACCAUCACCAUCACCAUCACCAGCAGCGCCCUCGGGGGAAAGGAAUGAAAUUGUUUGGAUUAUAUAACUAAAAUAGAAUCCAUCAGCGUUGCCAUUUGCGUGUACAACACGGUGUUGAUUCGGGCGUCGAAAAAGUUGGCUAACCCGGACUGUGCAAACAAGAAGCAAGAAAAAAGAAGAAGAAUUGAUAGUGAAAAAAAGUGAGACCGUGUGGGUAGGUUACACCACAUCACGUCACGUCACGCUCGUUAGAAUCGUAUUCGAACGGGAUAAGUAAACUAGCAGGCGGGGAGAAGCGAGGAACUGUACCGGUGGUGGUGAGAGUCGUCGAACGUGAGAGAGAGAGAGAGCGAGCUCGACUACUCAUUCAACAGUGGUUUGGUAUUUCCCUCGCAUCAUCCCGGCAGAAAAAAAACCUGCUAACCCAAAGGAUCCAAAAGCGAAAUUGGAAGACGCCUGUCUCUUGCUGUCGGGGCGUUCGGACGGCGUUCGAAAUCAGGACAAAUUUCAAUCUAAUCGUGCUGCAGGGUCGAACCCGGAUGUCGACGCUGGGUCCUCCCGAACCUUGUGGAAAUAAACGAACUCGGAAGAAACAGUCGCCUUUAAAGCCACUGCGCUAGGUAAAGGUGAACCGUAGGAAAAAAAAAAAAUCCUAAACCAAAAAGGACAAAUCAAACGUAAACGAUAGAGAGGGAGAGAGAGAGAAUUCACUUUACGGUGUGCAUCUCAAACGAAAGAUAACAAAAACGGAGGAAACGGAGACGAACCGGCCAGAGUUGGACGAGAGACAUGAGUCUCCGAGGAUUUAUAGCGGUGCUUCUGGUCGGAAUUAACGUUAUCGUAGCUGGAGCGUCGCUUCUGUUCGGGCUGCUGAUUGCCCUUCCCCGGCCCGUUCUGGUGUUCGGUGAGACAACAUCCGAGGGCAACAGUGCGGGUGGUGCUGGGGGAGCUCAAAGUCAGCAAGCGCUGGAAGUUUCUCCGCUGGGGCUGCUGCCGGCUGUCAUCGCCACGGAAGCGACACCGAAUGUGGCAGCCGACAUCAUCAACAUCGAGCAGGAUGGACAGGUCAGUUUUAUCCCCCGAAAGGAUAUCCGGCCGCAGCGGGCAGUUCCACCGGAAUACGCGGGACCGUCGGCUAUGCCGCACUGUGAACCAUUCACGAUGGGUAAUCCGGAUCUGAAGCUGCUGUACAGCCCGGGACAUCCGGGCAACUAUCCGAACAAUAGCGACUGCGUUGUCGUCCUGGAAGCCCAGGUCGGAUCACUGGUGAGGCUAGAUUUUCGCGAUCAUUUCCACAUCGAACCGUCCGAUGACUGUAAAUACGACUACCUAGAGAUUCGCGACGGCGCCCACGGUUUCUCGACGCUGCUCGGCAAGUACUGCGGGACGAACUAUCCGCCGAUGAUCACCUCCAAGGAUCGCUUCCUCUGGCUGCACUUCCACUCGGACGAGAACAUCGAGUACAGCGGGUUUGUCGUCAUCUACGACUUUGUGCCAAGGCCAACGUCAUCCAUCUACGAUGACGAAGGAUGCCGCAUUGAGGUGUCCGGUAUGGAGGGUUUCGUUAACCGGACGGAUGUGCCCCGGGAGAAACAGCAGACCGUGGUGGAGUAUGGACUUUCGCUGGACUGCAUGUGGGUGAUUACGGCCUCGGAUGGCUGGAAGAUCCAGCUGUCCUUCCUGAUGUUCAAGCUAGAACGACCGAACGACUGUGAGAGUAAUUUUGUCGAUGUGUUUACCGAACGAACGGAUCUGCCGUCAAGACUGAAAAACUUCUGCGGCUCAAUUGCCGACUCGGUGGUGUCCAAGUCGAAUGUUUUGCACAUUCGCUUUUUCGCCGAGGCCGCAGCGAUUAAUUCUACCUUUUCGAUUUUGUUUACCGCUUUCCGGGAGAAAGCCGCGGGUGAAACUUGUGAUGAUGACGAGUACGAUUGUGAGGAUGCGACCUGCAUUUCGUCCGAUCUGCGGUGCAAUGGGCGUAUCAACUGUCGCUUCCGGUGGGAUGAGGAUGACUGCCAGAAGCAAACUCAAAGCCAAUCGGAGCACGUGACAAUCAUCAUGGUCGUGUUUGGGUUGAUCUUCGGCAGCAUGGUGAUCGCGUUCGUCAUUAAAAUUGCACGGAAGAUCGUACGGGACCACAAGAUCAUCCGCGAGCAUAUUCGACAGUCACGGGAGAGCAAGCUGAACGAGUUGGGACGGCAUUCGACGAAAAAGCCGGUCGAUUUGGACAUCACCAAAUUUCCACCGCCGGCCUUCGAUAAAGAGCCGAUUAAUGUGCUGGAGAAUGCGGCCAACAGCUACUACCGAGAGGUGAUUUCGCCUUCCCUGGUCGGGGGAGGAAGUGGCGGCAGUGGUGGAAGCGGUGGAGGAGCCAGUGCGGGUGCGAAUAUGUUCAGCAGUAGUAGUAGAAUAGAUCUAAAAAAUGACCCCGGCCGAAGUCAGGAAUUGCAGGACAUUCUGAGAGGCAGCUACCAUGAUGAUCCUUUGAGGGCGGCGAUGAGCCUGAAGGAUUCCGGAAUGUGCGAUAUGGCUUGUCAGACGAGGGAAUCCCUCUUCCAGCCGGUGUUCAAAAAUAAAAUUACUCAAUCGCCGAAUCCGAACAGCAUCCGUUUUUCGACGUUUGGCUACGAUAUGGGCGCCCAGCCGGGACUGCCCGCACAGCUGCCAGCGGUGACGCCUCCACCGCCGAAGGUGAAACAUCACCACCACCGUCAUCACCUUCAUCACGGUGCGGGUGGCGAAGCGGGGCGUACCUUGGAACGCACCAAGUGCAAUAAAUUUGAGAUGCAAGAUCUCAGCGGAGCCGGACUCGCGGUGUCCACCGGAGUUGAUACCGGUGACGACGAACCGGAGCGGGAUCUCGCCGGUGGCCCAGAUUCAAGCCAUCCUCCUCAUUCCCAUCACCAUCACCACCAUCAUCAUCAUCUCCAUCACGGCCAGAAGCUGGCGGUGGAUCGAGCCGUGGACCCAUCGACCGGCGGCAUCCGGAAGUCGGCGCCGGACGUUAUAAUAAUGACAUCGUCACAUUGACCCCCCGCAGUACCGCCGUUGGCUGGUUCAUCAUCCGCCUCCUCCUCCUCUUCGCUCUCGCCAAGAAGGGAACGAGACGAGGGACGACGCUGGGGAUGGUGGUGGUUCGGAAAAUGAUAGAUAUUCGUUUUUAGACGGGGCAAUCCUUUUGUUUUUGGAAACACAAUUUGUAAUGUUUAGUAGGACUUGUUUUCCGUUGGAUGGACACUCAAAGCUCCACAUUAUUUUGGAACUUGUGAGUGGUCGACGUCCAAUUCUUGUUUUUAUGAUCUCGCGAAUUCGAAAAAACUGGCUGAGGAAUCUGGCAUUGGAAACUUCACCCAUGCACUGUACUUACUCCCCACAAAUUCUAAUAGACGACUGACGCACAACAACUUAUCGUUUUUCAAUCACCCAAAAUUGGAUGAAAGUCAACGUGUGAGGGAAGUUCGUGCUUAGUUUGUUUACGUUUCUGCCAAACUCAUCGCCCCUAAGUUAAUCAUUGUUCUAAUUCAGUCAUGUUUACCCACCAGUCGAGUAAAACGAGAGAAAAAAAAAACACAGUGUACAUAAUAGUUGUUUUCUAGCUUUAUUCGUCGUGCCUUCGCACGGCUAGGAAUUGUUUAGGCCUUAAAAAGAUUUGUAAAAUUAAACCAUCAUGACACUAGCUUUCUUAGAGAAAUUAUAGUUGAAUUUGUUUACAUUGUAGAAGCACCAUUUUUUUCUCUAGAGUAAAUAAACUGCAUUUUUUUCGUAUAGUUCCAAUUCGAUGAUGGAAUCAAUGUAAAAAAAAACAACAGUAAGCAAACAAAAACGAAUAGUAGAUAGUUUUAUUUCUGAAAACUGUUCUUGUUAUGUAAUGCAUAGCGAAAUUUUACCCAAUCGAUCGGUCCCUUAAAAUAAUCGAAUAGAAGUGAAAUCGAUCAAAUUAACACACACUAGAGAGAAACCGGGGACCAACCAAACCCAGAGCAAAAAAGUAAGCCCGCAGAUCAGUUACUGACAGAAUUGAAAAAAAAGGAAACUGAAAACACCAAGCGUGGUAGUCAGUCAGCCGUCGAAUCGGUUAGAAUCCGAAUCCGACAGAGAAGUAAAAAAAGACAUGUUAUUUCGGACAUAUACCCAUUGCAGUAAGCAGUUAACCGGAGCGGCAUGCAAGACACGGCCGAAGUGAAAUCGCGAACACUUUCAUUGCUAAUGUAAUGUAUUUAUUAAUAAAAAAAAAACAAGUGAUUGCACAUGAAACCGAAAAAAAACACCAGAA